AUGUUUGGAUUGAUUGUAUUGAUUGAGUUGUUUAUUGUAAGCGAUGGCCAGUUCUUCACAAAAACCGGAUCCAAAUCAAUACCACGAAUGGGUAGAAGAGCUGAUAAUAGUUUGCUUAGUUUGCUACCAGAGCACACAUCAAUACAUAAGCGAAAACUGAUUGAAGCUAUACUUGAGAAAUACGGCGACAAAAAUAGCAUAGAAUCGGAUAAAUUAGCGAUGGAUUCAACAAUCAAUGAAAACACUUCAUUGGACGCAAAUAAGCGACGUUUGACUGCUUUUAAGGAUCACUUAAAAUCAUUUUCAUUUACAUCCGAAGAAAACAAAGAGUCGACGACAAGGAGUGACUUCACGCGAUUAAAAUCACUAUUAAAAUCAUUGGCCUAUAAAUGA